UUAAUCAGUCGUUCGUGUUUUCUUCCGUUUUUAUAAAAAUACAGAAAUGGAAAGAGUAAAAUUUACAUAUUUUUGAUUGAAAUAGUGUUCAUUAUAAGCUAUUAUGACUAAAGUACGAAAGAUUAAGUUCAAAUCCAAGGAAUCCAAAGCACAGAAGAAACCACCAAACCCUAAGAAGGGUCGUUUGAUUAUUCGAAAUCUUCCUUUCUCGAUCUCAGAAGAAGCAUUGAAAGAGCAUUUCUCAUCGUACGGUGAAAUACAAGAUGUGAAUUUACUAAAGAAACCCGAUGGCAAAUUGGUCGGUUGUGGUUUCGUGCAAUUUGCUCGCAAACAGAGCGCAGCUAAAGCUAUUCACUACACGAGUGGAAAACCUCUUCAAGGUAGAGUCAUCGUUGUUGAUUGGGCUGUACCAAAGGAUAAAUUUGCCAAACCGAAAAUAUCUUCCAAAGCACCUAAAACUGAAGUAAAAGACGAACCCAAUGAUGAAGAACCUCUCGCAGAAGAACACUCUGAUGAUGAUGAAAGUAUCAAAAGUGAACCAGAAUCUGAAACCAGUAUCAAGGAUGAAGCAGAUGAAGAUAGUGACGAUGAAGUAGAUAAAGAUAGUGACGAUGAAUCCGAAUCUGAAGGAAGUAUCGAUAACGAAGAUUAUAUUUCGAUCAAAAACGAAGAUUCUGUAAUUAGCGAAAAACCUCGUCCAAAACCUUCUCACGAUAUUAACGAAGGAAAAACCGUGUUUUUGAAAAAUGUCCCCUUCGACGUUACUAAUGACGAAUUACGAGCUUUCAUCACCGAAAAAAUUGGUCCCGUUUAUUUCGCUGCUGUGUGUAUGGAUCCGCUGACUGAACAUUCUAGAGGAACUGCUUUUGUUAAAUUCAAAGAUACCAGUAAUGCUGAGAAAUGUCUGAAUGCCGGUUCGGAAUUGAAAUUUAAAGGAUGUACGAUGGAACCAUUGCCUGCCCUCGAUAAAAAAGAUUUAUUGGAUAAAAGAGAUAGACAUCCGGAUAAGAAAAAAGACAAUCGGAAUCUAUAUUUAGUUAAAGAAGGAGUUGUGAUAGCUGGUACUUCAGCGGCCAAAGGUGUUUCUAUGGGUGAUAUGAAAAAACGUCUAGAACUAGAAAUGUGGAAGAGUAAUAUGCUGAGAGACUUGAACAUGUUUAUCUCUAGAACUAGAUUAAUAAUUCAUAAUUUACCAUUGCAAUACGACGAUAAAAAGCUACGAACGUUGUUUAAAAAACAUUCGCCACCGAAAUCUAAAAUCAUCGAGGCUAAAGUUAUGCGAAAUCUUAGACAACUGGAUAAAGACGGUAAACCAAUAUCUAAAGGAUACGGAUUUGUAUCAUACACCGAACACGAACAUGCUUUAACAGCUCUACGAACAGUAAACAAUAAUCCAAAUGUUUUCCAUACAAAUAAGAGACCUGUCGUCGCUUUCUCUAUAGAAAACCGUGCUGUGCAUACGAUUAAAAAGAGACGUGCUGAAAAAAGCAAACUAAAUAAUCCUUUGUGUCCGGAAUCGAAGAAACCUAAUACGAAAGAGGAACAAAAACCUAAAUUUCAAUCGAAGAAAAGACGUUAUAGGAGUGAUAAUGUUCCUACGUUUGCCGGAAUGGAAUCACAUCCUGGUCACACAAAGUUACCUUCGAAAAGAAAAAUUCAAUCUCAACGAGAAAUACAUACGGGAAUCGUCAGAGAAGCUAAAAAGGAUAAUAGAAGACAGAAACAAAUUUUGCAAACUAGAAAAGAAAAGAAACGCGAUCCUAAAAUCAAACGAAAAGCGAAGAGAGAUUUCAACGAAAAACAAUUCAACUCUAUGGUUAAUAAAUAUAAGCAGAAGAUUCUACCUAAUGUUUCGUUAAAGAAAUGGUACGAGAGUAAAUGAAAUGAAUUCGAGUUUCAUAUAAAUAUUUCAUAAAAAUAAAUUACAUCGUUUUUUAAAACAUUUAUUUUUUAUCCUUCAAGAAAAAACAAUAGGAGCGUAGCUUAUCAUUUAAAUAUUGAGAAAUAAAUUUUGUUACGAGUGUUAA